AGAGGACACCUGUACACCCACCCCGUUCGCAGCCUGAUCGACGUUACCGUUACCACGACGAUUAUAUAUUCACUGCGUCACCUCUACUCGCUCCUACAACAGCCGCGCCUACUGUUUACACCUUGACGAUUGGAGGUCAGACGGCAACGAUCAUACAACAUGCCUGCACAAGUCUCUGAGCCAUACACCCUCGUCACUGGCGGCGCUGGAUAUAUCGGAUGCCAUACGGUGGUCGAAUUGAUCCAGGCUGGCACGAAGGUCGUCGUGGUAGAUAACCUCUGCAACUCCUCAGAAGAAGCGAUAAGACGCAUCGAGAAGAUCACAAACACCUCAGUACCAUUUCACAAAGUCGAUAUCACAGAAUACGAUGCGCUGAACUCCGUCUUUAAAGAAUACAAUAUCGGCGCCGUCGUCCACUUUGCCGGCCUGAAAGCCGUUGGAGAGUCGGGUGAGAUUCCCUUAGAAUACUACCGCGUCAACGUCGGAGGAAGCAUCACCCUACUACGAGUCAUGCAAGAGAACAAAGUCAACAAGAUCGUCUUCUCGUCAUCAGCGACCGUAUAUGGUGACGCAACUCGCUUCGAGAACAUGAUCCCAAUACCAGAACACUGCCCAAUCGGCCCGACAAACCCUUACGGCCGCACAAAAUCCGCGAUUGAAGACAUGAUCCGCGAUCACUGCGCCGCAAACCCCGACCUCAUCGCCGGACUUCUCCGGUAUUUCAACCCCUGCGGUGCGCACCCCUCCGGCGUCAUGGGCGAAGACCCCUUCGGAAUCCCGAACAAUUUGUUACCAUACCUCGCACAAGUUGCGGUGGGACGCAGAGAAUACCUACAAGUCUUCGGAAACGAUUAUGCCAGCCGGGACGGAACCCCAAUCCGUGAUUACAUCCACGUCGUCGACCUCGCCCGCGGCCACCUCGCCGCCCUCAAGAAGCUCUCUGCGCCAGAAACGAAGGGCUGCUGCGUCUGGAACCUUGGCACGGGCCACGGCUCCACCGUCCUCGAAAUGGUCGAUGCAUUCUCUAAAGCGGUAGGGAGGGAGCUACCGUAUAAAUUCGUCGGGAGACGAUCGGGGGAUGUGUUGGAUUUGACUGCGUUGCCGACGAAGGCGAAUAAGGAGUUGGGGUGGAAGGCGGAGUUUACGGUUGAGGAUGCGUGUAGGGAUUUAUGGAGGUGGCAGAAGGGGAAUCCGUAUGGGUAUCAGACGGCGGAGGAGGUGGGGGAGGUGAAUGGGAAGCAUUAAAUAUACCUAUGGGGGUUUCGGGAGUAUAUACAUGUAUGCCUAGCGGAG